AUGACGGAUAUCGCGAGACCUGCAACUCCGCGGUCACAAGCGCAUUCAAGAUUAGACCUCACGCCAGAGCAGGUUAAACAGAUUGAGUUGAACCGUUUACGAGCUAAGCAAAGACAGAGAGAACAGGAAGAGUCGUCUUCUUCGUCUACUCGGACAAAUCUAAACCACAAGCGACCAUUAGAUGUCGUCCCAGCCAACUCAACAUCACCGACUGCCCCCGGUGCAUCAAAAUCUAGACCGUUGAAGCGGGAUUCGCGUUUGGGAAAGUACUUCGAUUAUGAUCUGUCAAAGAUGGCGAACUCGAAGGGCGGGUUCUUAAUAGAGGAUGAUAAAGAAGUGGACGAAGAUAUGCGGGCGAAGGAGAAACAACGAGAGCGGGAACGGGCCAUGCAGAAUCUAGACCCUCCCAUUUUCCUUGAGCGUUCCAAGAAUCCGGCGUGUCAGGAAUGCGGAUCCAUAGACAUUGACCAGACGUACCGCAAAGUCCUUCGAUGUCUUGUGUGCAACAAAUGCAAGAACGAUAAACCCGAAAAGUAUAGCUUACUUACCAAGACCGAAUGCAAAGAGGAUUACCUUCUGACGGAUGCGGAACUUCGUGAUGAAGAUGUGAUGCCUCACAUCUUGAAAGCAAAUCCUCAUAAAUCGACUUAUGCGAAUAUGAUGCUCUUCCUAAGAUGUCAAGUCGAGGACUUCGCUUGGAAGAAGUGGGGAUCCCCAGAAGCCCUCGACGCAGAGUGGGAGCGGCGUACAGCAGAGAAAAAGAAAAAGAAGAACAAGAAGUUCGAGGAAAGUCUGAAGGAUCUGCGACGGAGGACGCGUGAAGGCGUAUGGCAGAAGAGACGAGAUGAAGAGCAUAAGCAUGUGUUCAGCGGGGUGGAAAGGAGGGAAGCCGGGCGAAGCGUGCAGAUGGCUGAGCCGCAUAAUCUAUCGGACCAGCGCGACAUCGCUAGCUCUCUCCACGUCGAACAACUGGACACCAGCCUGUUCCGCUCGACGUCGUUAUGGACUCCUUACCGUGCAAGAGGAGUCUUCGGCGGCCAAGUCAUAUCGCAAGCGACGGUAGCUGCAACCCAAUGCGUGUCUGCCGAAUACGCGCUACAUUGUUACUUUCUACUGAGUGCCUCCACGACUGUUCCCAUUCUCUACUACGUUGAGCGCCUGCGGGAAGGCAGGUCCUACGUUACUCGCUCUGUCAAGGCAGUCCAAAAUGGCAAGGUCAUCUUCAUGCUGCUCUGCUCCUUCCAACGCCCGGAACCCUGGCAGCCUUCUCAUCAGUGGCCCAUGCCGCCUAAUGUCCCGUCGCCCGUCGCAUGCGAGCUGGAGGAAGACAGGAUGUGGAGCAAGGUGACACAGGAACGAGAACGAAGCCCAGUGGCGAUUAAGCUCGCGGACGUGCGCACUCAGGGCGAUGGGACGAAGAUCUACAUGUACUGGAUGCGUGCCAAGAACAUCCCAACGCAUGAAGCACCGUUUCAAAAGUGCAUCCUUGGCUAUAUAUCUGACUUCCAUUUCAUCGGCGUGGCCUCGAGUACGCUAGGACUCAAGAGAUUCAGCAAAGGCCCGGAUGCCGUUAGCAUGAUGGUCCGUAUUACUCUCGAUCACUUCGACUGCGGCGAAUGGCUACUCUAUGUGAUUGCAUCUCCGCGGACUGGCUCUGGGCGGGGAGUUUCCUUCGGUCGGAUGUAUACGCAAGGCGGGAAGCUGAUUGCCGUCAUGUCUCAAGAGGGCGUCGUAAGAGCAGAUGUCAGGAAGCCAGAUGGCAAGGAUAGUGCGUUGGCCAAGCUCUAG